AUGGCGACAUUGAGCUGUGUCCGCUGGCUGACCCGAGUGGUGGUCCCCAUCGGAAACCCUGGGGCAUGGCAAAGUCUGAGUACCUCUGCUACUGCUCAGGCCACGACGCCGAGCCAGGCCCAAGACUUGAGGGUGGAGGGAGCCUUUCCAGUGACCAUGCUUCCUGGAGAUGGCGUGGGUCCAGAGCUCAUGCACGCGGUCAAGGAGGUGUUCAAGGCUGCCGCUGUCCCGGUAGAGUUCCAGGAGCACCACCUGAGUGAGGUGCAGAAUAUGGCCUCUGAGGAGAAGCUGGAGCAGGUGCUGAGUUCUAUGAAGGAGAACAAGGUGGCUAUCAUUGGAAAGAUCCAUACCCCAAUGGAGUAUAAAUGGGAACUAGCUUCCUAUGAUAUGCGACUGAGGUGUAAGUUGGACUUGUUUGCCAAUGUAGUCCAUGUGAAGUCACUUCCAGGGUACAUGACCCGGCACAACAAUCUAGACCUGGUGAUCAUUCGUGAGCAGACAGAAGGAGAGUGUAGCUCUUUGGAACAAGAAAGUGCAAGGAGGGUGAUUGCAUGCUUGAAGAUUGUCACUCCAACCAAGUCUCAGCGGAUUGCAAAGUUUGCCUUUGACUACGACACCAAAAAGGGGCAGGGCAAGGUCACAGCUGUCCACAAGGCUAACAUCAUAAAACUUGGGGAUGGAUUGUUCCUGCAGUGCUGCGAGGAAGUUGCUGAACUGUACCCCAAAAUCAAGUUUGAGACAAUGAUCAUAGACAAUUGCUGCAUGCAGCUCAUGCAGAAUCCCUGCCAGUUCCAUGUGCUUGUGAUGCCCAAUCUCUACAGCAACAUUAUUGACAAUCUGGCUGCUGGCCUGGUUGGGGGUGCUGGCCUGGUCCCUUGUGAGAGCUACAGUGCAGAGUAUGCAGUGUUUGAGAUGGGUGCCCAACACCCAUUUGCUCAGGCAGUGAACAGGAAUAUAGCCACCCCCACAGCUAUGCUGCUGUCAGCUUCCAACAUGCUGCGGCAUCUGAAUCUUGAGUAUCACUCCAGCAUGAUCGCAGAUGCGGUAAAGAAGGUGAUCAAAGUUGGCAAGGUACGGACUCCAGACAUGGGCAGCUACAGCACCACAACCAACUUCAUCAAGUCUGUCAUUGGUCAUCUGCACCCCCAUGGGGGCUAG